AUGGGGCUCCUGGGGCUCUGCUAUCUGCUCUACCACAACGACCAUCUGCACAUCAGCUUGAUCCCUCAGCGUGACAUCACCACCCAGCCCUGGGCAACCCCCAGCCUCCCCCCAACCCGAGCUCAGCCCACCCCUGCCCCGUGUGUGGCCAACGCCUCCGUACACAACAUCACUGACUUUGACAAGCUGCCCGGCCACGUGCAGGACUUCCUGCGCUACCAGCACUGCCGCUCCUUCCCUGCACUGCUCAACGUCCCUGACAAGUGUGGGGGUCCUGAGGGGUCCCCAAAUGUCAUCCUCCUCUUGGCCAUUAAGUCAUCACCAGCCAACUACGAGCGGCGGGAGGCGAUCCGCAGGACCUGGGGGCAGGAGACGAGCGUCGAAGGAGCCGCCGUCCGCCGGGUCUUUCUUAUAGGGGUGGACCCCAGAGCCCAGGAAGCCAAGAAGCUCAACCAGCUGCUGCAGCUGGAGCAACGAGAGCACAGGGAUGUGCUGCAGUGGAACUUCAAGGACACUUUCUUUAACCUGACCCUGAAGCAAGUCCUGUUCCACACCUGGCUGGAGCAGCACUGCCCCGGCGCCCGCUUCAUCUUCAACGGCGACGACGAUGUGUUUGUCAACACGGACAACAUCAUCCACUUCGUGAGGGCUACACCAGGAGCUCAGGAGCAGCAGCAGCAUCUCAUGGUGGGCUAUCUCUUUGUUGACAACAAGCCUGUUCGCCAGAGGAACAGCAAGUACUUUGUGCCCAAGGAGCUGCUGGCCGAGGAGCGGUACCCGCCGUACUGCGGCGGCGGCGGCAUGCUCUUGUCCGGCUUCACCGCCCGCGUCAUCGCCCGGGUCUCAGAGGAUCUCAGGCUCUUCCCCAUCGAUGAUGUCUACAUAGGUAUGUGUUUGGAGAAAGCAGGGCUGGCCCCUGCUUCCCACGCUGGCAUCCAGACCACAGGCUUGGGUGUGUUGGCCAGCACUGACUCCUUUGAUCCCUGUUACUACCGGGAGCUGCUGCUGGUGCAUCGCUUCCUGCCCUACGAGAUGGUGGUGAUGUGGGAGGCCAUCCAUGAGCCCCAGCUGUUCUGUGGCAAGAGCAAGAGUGUCUUCUAG